UUAUUUAUUAUUAUUAUUAUUAUUUCCAUUAGAUGGUGUUCAAUAAUAUCCUUAUUCCCAGUGGUUCCCCAGUCAUCCUAAGGAAGAGACUGUCCAUUAAUGGUAACAUUGGACACCACAUCACUCAGGACUGGACUGACAAGUGUACCCUACUACAGGAGAUGAUUGAACUGAGGGAAUAUAUUGAGGGGUCUCCUGGAACAGGUACUGGUUUGUUGAAAGGUUGUGCUAUCAAGUCUUUUGAUUAUGAUAGUCUGUUAGUUCAAUAUGGAGAACACAGUAUAUGUUUCCAGGCUCAGGGUAAAGGAGUGUCAGUGGUGUGUCACCAGUCUUCUCCUCACUAUCAUUUAUCAGCUGCUCUUCAAACCUACCUUCACAAGACCAGAUCACUACCUCUACUCAUACAGGGUUUGUGUAUGACUAAAGUGUCUCUAACUAAAUUCAUUGCUGGUUUUAGAAGCAACAAUGGAUACCAAAUCAUUGGUAUUAAUCCGUCAUAUCUUAAACUAUCAAGAGGAAAUGUGUAUCCUUUUAUUAAUUAUUUAUUAUUAAUAAAAUUACAACACAAUGGAAAGUUUCUAUAAUACAACAUGAGUACAUGUA